AUGGGUCCACAACCUCGAACAAUCACAGUUGAACAGCCGUUCCUGCGGACUGGCUGCAGUCUGGGCGAAGGGCCUCUGUAUGAUCCCAGAACGUCGACGUUACAUUUCGUGGACAUUGAAUGCAAUAAGGUAUACAGUACACCUUUCCGUCUGGGCCCUUUUCAGCUGUACCACCUCGACACUCGUUCGUCCGAGAUCAAAGUAGAGCAAUUCGAAGAACCGCUGACAUGUCUGUCCCUGCGCAAGGAUGGAGGGUUGGCUUGUACAACGGCCAAAGGUUUCGCCGUUGUUGAAGAUGGGCCUACGUUGCGCUACUUGUCUCAGCCGAUUCCUGAGGAACAUCAGCCCUUCACCCGCUUCAACGACGGUGCAUGCGAUAGCAAAGGACGUUAUGUCGCCGGCACAAUGGCAUCAAAGGACCCAUACAUCCCCGGACAGCUGUACAUAUAUGAUCCUGCAGACAAUUCCAGCAGAGUUAUCGACCACGGGCCAUUCACGGACAGCAACGGCCUAGGCUGGAGCGCGGACGAUAGAACCAUGUACUUCACCGACUCCCUGGUGAACAAGAUAUAUGCGUAUGAUUACGAGGACGGGAGGCUGUCUGGGAGACGUGUGUUCGUCGAUGCACUCUCCCAUGGCCUGCUGGCAGAGGGAACGUACCCGGACGGUCUCUGCAUCGAUAACGCAGGGGGCAUAUGGUCUGCAAGGUGGGGUGGAUCCAGUAUCGUUAGGUACACCCCCGAUGGGGCUUUCGACCUGCAAGUCGUCUUCCCUACGGUGCUCAAUGUCACCGCCUGUUGCUUCGGAGGUGCCAACGAAGACCAGUUAUAUGUGACGACAUCUCACUGCGGCGCAUGCGGCGGCGACGCUAGUAGACAGGCCCAGUUUCCGGACUCCGGACACUUGUUCGUCGUCGACUUCUCUGGCCAGUUCAAAGGUGGCAAAUGGCGCCACAACUUCACGGGAUGA